UGUUACUGGUGGUUUGGUUGUCUGUCAUGCUCUCCGUGCUUUACAGCCAGGGGACGGUGGCUUGUCCUGACAAGUGUAGGUGUAGCAGAUCACCUAUCUGUAACGGGACUUAUGUGGAUUGUUCUUUGGGAAGUCUGAGCGGAGUACCGACUAACAUCCCCACGGACACUUGUAAACUGAAUCUGGAAUAUAAUCAAAUAACAACACUACGGAAUGGAAUCCUUGACAAUUUGGCGAAUUUACAGCAUCUAAAUCUGAGACGGAAUAAACUGACAACCAUUCCAGAGUUAAUUUUUGAAACUUUGGUGAAUUUACAGUUUUUAGAUCUAAGAUGGAAUCAAAUAACAACCAUACCGGAUGGAAUCUUUGAGACUUUAGUGAAUUUACAACAUCUAUACCUGUGGGACAAUCUAAUAUCAACGUUACCAAAUGGGAUGUUUGACGGAUUGACGAAUAUACACACCCUAAACAUGGGAGGCAAUAAAAUAACAACAUUACCAAAUGGAAUUUUUGACACCUUGGUGAAGUUACGUGAGCUGUCUCUGGGAGCUAAUCAAAUAGCAACUCUGCCGAAUGGGAUAUUUGACGCUUUGUUGAAUUUAAAGACUAUAAACCUAUACAGCAAUGAAAUAAGAAAGUUACCGAAUGGGAUCUUUGACGCGCUAGUGAAUCUACAGGACUUAUAUAUCUACCGUAAUCAAAUAGCAACGAUACCGAUUAGGAUACUUCACCUCUUGGUGAAUUUACAGACAUUUGCAUUGGAAAGGAACCCUCUUCGCUGCGACUGUCAGUUGGUCUCCUUUCUCAGGUUUGCCGAAUCGAGAAAGCUCUUCAGAGAACCUUCGUGUCAAAGCCCUCUUCAUCUGAAUGGAACACUACUAAAGGCCAAAAGACUCCAUGACAUGGUUUGUGAUUCAGAUUCUACAACCGGUUCUGACCUCAGCACUACACGCGCAAUCAUCGAUAUUCCCGGUAAAGAACCCAACACUACUGCUACUGACGUCAUCACUACCCACCCAGAAAUCACCACCACAAAGAUCACUAAAGUAUUCAAUGAAGUAACCAUUCCAGAUCAGUGUUCAUUCAUUUAUGCUGCUCAUGAAUUUCGGUCAACCUUUCAUGGGAGAAAAGCGUUCAUAAACCUGCAUUCAUUUGUUUUACUACAACGACAAAUGUAGUCUAAGAUUUAAGGAUACUGAACGUGGUAUCCUGGUGGCCAGGACGCUUGCUUCCCUCUGCUUUGAAGAUUUAAGGAUACUGAACGUGGUAUCCUGAUGGUCAGGACGCUUGCUUCCCUCUGCUUUGACGUUUAUUGGGAAUAUUCUUUUUUUACCUUAGUUAAGCGUUAUAUAUUGAAAUGACAUAUCCAAAAGAUCCAUGGUUUUCACUUUACGUUUAACACCGCGAUGAUAUUCUAGAUAUUUUCUCAUAUUACUUUGCAGUUGUCAAUUUUAAGUGUUGGCUUACUAGUAUAUAUUGGCAUUAUUUACCUAAGUUAGAAUUCUAUCUACUAAAACAGAUGAUGUAGUUGCUUAAUUGUUAUUGUUUAACUUCACACUAGAGUAUUUCACUAAUAUUGAGAUGUCACCAUUACCGGUGACAGACUGUAAAAUUUAGUCACAUGCUCGACUCUUACAGCCUUUCAGCAGGGAGAAAUCUUUAUCGUGUCACAACUGCUGUGACACCGGUCCUCGGUUUUAAUUAUCUCAUCCGAAGGAAAGCCUUAUUCCCCUCUUACGACAAGUAAAGGGUACCACUGACUUAUUCUAGCCCAGAUCAUCACUGGACUAUAAGGAACUCUAUCUGAACUUCGGCUCUCGGGUUGAUGUGGGGUCACUCGGCCUGAUAUGACAUACGACAUGGAUUUUUGCAUGAUAUAUUUUCUAUGUAUUUCUUCAUAGACAUAGAAGAUGUCAAGAAUACACAGGAGAACGUGAAAAGUUUUCACCCAUGUUUUAACUUCAUUAUAUUGGGGGUGGGAUAAUUUUUAUUUAUUAACUCAAAAAUUAAAGUGGAUCGCACCUCGGUUUUGUAGUUUUAUAAUUUUUGGAAGUAUAUCUUUAUUUCUACGCAGAAUGAGUAUUAUGAAAUUAAAAAGAAAAAUUGGAGCCAUGGCGAUUCUUACCGUGCACACAGCAUUAAAUUUGAUCUUUUGGUAUUAUGUACUGACAAUGUCUAGUCAUAGACUCUAUUUGUAUGUUGGUGUCAACACGACAUAAGCAACACAAACCAAACACCAUGUUUUAUAGGAAUAUCGAUCUUAAAAAGUUUAAUACCUGUGCAUUGAAAGAAAAUAAUGACUUUUUUAUACGUAGCAUACGGAAAAGUUUGAAUUUGUUGAAAAUGUGUUUAUUGUAACCAUGUAUGACUGUAAUUUGAAGUAUAAUUUUAUAUAUUCUAUACUCACUUUUAAUAUGAUCAUUAUAUUCAAUCUAUUAAAGGGGGCCCAUCUAUACAGAGAGAGAUGUUGAAGUUGGCCAGACAGGACGUUGCCAUCAAGCGGAAGAUGCUCCAAACCUUUAAAGCGUUUGUGGCUCGCAAGAAAAGAAAAAAUGGAAAGAAGAGCAAAAUGUCGAGCAAAUUUUGAGUUGUAGUUUGUGAUAUGUAUAAUCAUGUUUUCAUUUCUUUUGUAAACUUACUAUCUUCUAUAGAAUCAUACCUUGUUGUCACAUAUCUGCGGGAAGAGGCUAUUUCUGACAUGUUUUUAUUCCAACAAAUUAAUCCCAUUACCAAAAAAGUUUAAUUAUUGAUUAAUUAAUAUUGCAAUCAAAGUCCACACCAGAAAAUAUUUAUUAGAGGUAACUUUGAUCCAGCAUACGAAUACCUGUAUGCGAAUUGUAUCUUGUCAAGUCGAAGUCAACCACUUUGUCAUUUUACUUCCAUGUUUUAUCUAAAUUCUUUCUAUUGUUUUAUCAUUUCCUUUAUAGCACUUUUAUCCGUAUAUUAUCAUUGAUUGUUAGCACACACAUUGUACAGUGCAUAUAAACUAUAUGUAGUUUUGUGCUUUAUAAAGGAAUAAAAUAAUAAUAAUACCAC